UUAGAAAAUGAAUUCUAGUGAAAAUGAAAACCACAUACCAAACGUGUUUUUGGUAGAAAAUGAAAACAGAAAAUGAAAACGGGCCUUGAAACGUUACCGGAGGACCCUAAAGAAAUGCGUUUCUAACUGCGCCACUCUAAAACCCUGCCCAUCGCGCAGCCAUUCUUCUGUUUCAGCAGCGCCAGAAAACGUUCUCCAAUGCUUAGCUGCAAAACCUUAUUGUCCAGAAGGACCAAAAUCAUAAGGAAAAAUAAGAAAAAGAAAAGCAAAAACAACAAAAGAAGCAUCAGUUUUUCUACAAAACAAAACCCCAUUUCCGAAAAAUACCAGCAAGAAGAAGAUAUAGAGGAAGAGGAAGAAGAAGAUGGUGAUGAUGUUGAGGAAGGUUUUAAUCUUAAAGCCUCGGCCCCAUCACAAUCACAUGGGGUUCAACCACUGGGCAAUCUCUACCUCAGCCCAGGCUCUGUCAACUCAAGGAACACUGGCUUAGGUAAUCUCCAAACCCUAACAGAUGAGCUUGUUCUUGAGGUUUUGGGGUUUUUGGGUGGGGCCCAUUUGGGGUUUUUGGCCUCUGUGAGCAAAUCUUUCUAUGUCUUUGCAAACCAUGAGCCCCUUUGGAGGAACCUUGUGUUGGAUAAUCUAGAGGGUAGGCUUUUGUAUAAUGGCUCUUGGAAAUCUACUUAUAUUGCUGCUCAUUACCCUUCAUUUGAUUCGUCUAAUAUCUGUGUUUCGGGUUUGAGAGUGAGAGACUUUUAUUCUGACUAUCUCUUUCAGAGUUGGCUCUGUGCCAAUCUCGAAAUGAAACCUGAAUGGCUUCAAAGAGAUAAUAUAAUCCGAAGAAGGGGCAUUUCGGUUGAGGAAUUCAUUUCUGAUUUUGAGGAACCAAAUAAGCCGGUGCUGUUGGAAGGGUGUAUGGAUAAUUGGGUUGCAUUGGAGAAGUGGGAUAGAGAUUAUUUGGUUCAGGUGUGUGGUGAUGUACAAUUUUCAGUUGGGCCGGUGGAGAUGAAACUUGGGGAGUAUUUUAGGUAUGCUGAUCAGGCGAGGGAAGAGAGGCCGCUGUAUCUAUUUGACCCAAAAUUUGGAGAAAAAGUUGCAAUAUUGGGUUCAGAGUAUGAAGUUCCAGUGUAUUUUAGGGAGGACUUAUUUGGUGUGUUGGGAAGUGAGAGGCCAGAUUACAGAUGGAUUAUAAUUGGACCAGCUGGAUCAGGUUCCUCGUUCCACAUUGAUCCUAAUUCGACUUCAGCUUGGAAUGCGGUGAUCAAGGGGUCAAAGAAGUGGGUAUUGUUUCCUCCUGAUGUGGUUCCUCCAGGGGUGCAUCCCAGUCCAGAUGGUGCCGAGGUGGCAUGUCCUGUUUCAAUAAUUGAAUGGUUCAUGAACUUUUAUGGUGCAACAAAGACUUGGAAAAGGAAGCCUAUCGAGUGCAUUUGUAAGGCGGGGGAGGUGAUUUUUGUACCUCAGGGAUGGUGGCAUUUGGUGAUCAACUUGGAGGAAUCAGUUGCCAUUACACAGAAUUAUGUUAGCAGGAGAAAUUUGUUGAAUGUCAUGGAUUUUCUUAAGAGGCCAAAUGCCAGCACUCUUGUAUCUGGAACGAGAGAUCGGGUGAAUUUGUAUGAUAAGUUUAAAAGUGCUAUUGAGGCUUCUUUUCCUGGUACUAUUGAUCAUCUUACGCAGAAGGCAGAAGAGAAGAAGGCCCAACAGAAAAAACCCUCCUUCUGGGAUUCAGUUACAGAUUCGAAGGCCGGUGCUUUCAAGUUCUCUUUCUAGAGGAAAGGGACCACAAGACUGAGCAAACUCGAACUAAUCUUGCCUCUAGCAAAAUGAGAGGAAAAGAACAACAAUUUUGACACUAAUUUGAUUCAUUAGACAUUGUUGUAUUUCUAUCAUUUUUUACCAUAUAAUGGCAUUGAGUGUUUUUCUUUC